ACCUAAGUUGUGUUGCAAGUGUCGUUAAACUUUUAUUUUUAAAAAACCCAAACAACUACAUUCAAUCUCAAACUUAAAACGUAUCCCUGUAUGUCGUCCUGGUGUCCUCAGGUCCUUCGGAGCAGGUGCAGGGUGAGCGAGGACAAGGUGGAAGCCAUGCGCCUCUCGCUACAGCGCAGAUACCAGGCCCAAAACCGGCCGCAGACUUCACAGGGCACCGCCUCUCUCCCCCCGCCCACCCACAGACGCGAAAGUUAUGCCCCUCCCCCGAGGCCCGUGUCACCCUCUAGGGGCAUGUCUUCGCCUCCAGCGGCCGGCUAUAUUGGGUCUAACAUGCCGCAAAAUUACAACGCCGCAAACUUGGGCCACGCACCACAAGCCCAGCGUGGGCCGGCUUUGCCCUCCCCCCAGCAGGCUCGCGCUCCUUCAGGAUAUCCUAACGGACAACAAAAUGGUUUCCAGAGCCGUCAACAAAUUAGACAUCCCAGCUACCGACCCCCACCCCCUACACGCUACAGCGCUGGAACUCCUUACACCCAGUCUGGUCCUUCACAUACCCACCCAUCACUCAUCCGUCCCAGCCAAUCACAAACCCCCCCAGGCUCCUUUCAACAAACCCCGCCCAUACCAAGUUACCCAGCCAAUCGCGGUUUAAAUCGAGCCCCUCCCAUGAGAUACCAGAACCUAAACUUCCGCUCUCAGACACGCCCCGGCGCUUCUAUGAACCAGGGGAGACAACAGCCUCCCACAGGAAGACGCACCCCAACCCUAAAGAACGGAGAGUUCCCCUUUGGAAUCGACCCGUUCUCCUCCGGACCUCCAGUCGAUGUCCCGGUCAUCCAACAAGCCUACAGCGACCGUGUUCUAGCACCGAAAACGCCAGCACCCGCCGGGGCUCCCAGCAAAAAGACAAGCGAUCCACCACAGAGUCUGGCGUUUAAGAAGCUCAAAUUUACACUGUCCAGGCUGAAAGAUGUCAUCCACGGGGACUCAGAGCCUGCCAAGUCUCCGGAGAUAGCCAAAACAAAACCGCCGACAUCCCAACAGCGCCAGACACAAAUAAAGCAGGUGGAACAGCCCCGAAAGCCGGCACCACAAAGCACAGCAUCCUCGUCAGCGGCUCAAAGCUCAGAAUCCUCGGCCGCAGCGAUCAAAGACGCACUUAGCGGGUUCCUAGGCCGGGUUUCCCAGGGCACAGCCAGCGGUCAGGAUGGUCAGAGCGGUCAGGGAGGGUCCGCCAGAGGAGGUUUCAUGGCGUUUAUUGUCCAGCCAACAACAACAGCAAUGCCAACCUCCUCAGAACGCCCGACCUUCCACCCCGCCUCCCCGGAACAACCGCCAUUAUCCAUAGACUCCGCUCCUUACGCCACGCUGGACUUGGGUCCUCUAAACUUAGGUCUCUCCGAAAUGAUGCAAAACCAGGUGCCUGGUGGCUUGAUGGAGCAGACAGACCAGUCUAUCAACACUCCAGCGGGACUAUCACGUGACCCCGGAUCAACCACAUCUAACUUAGUGCCAACAAAUACCAACAGCAACCCGCUGUCCACAGGCAGUUCACCACAAGGCAAUCAAAAUUCUCCCUCAAACUCUCCGAACCAGGCCUCAUCAGCACCGGCAAAUUCCGCACAACCGCAGAGUGCUGUAGUCCGCACUGCACAGAACUCAUUCGCAAACCAACUUAUCCCUGGUCCGUCCCCACCAAACCCUCAAGCUCCUCAACAAAGCGCGGUCCCAACAGGACCGAAGUCUCCUCAUCCCGUGACCCACAACCAGCCGGCCGGCGACAGUCAGGUACCGGUGCAGAAAACUGUCGCCAUCACCACCACACAGGAGGUCAAUAACAAGGAACCGUCGUCAGACAUCCAAAAACUACAGAUGUUUCACCCUGGUGACCAGGGAGGUCGCAACAACUUCCAGAACGAGGCUCAGACCAAAGACUUCUCCUCGCUGGGAGGUAGCGACAAGAACGUCAUCAAACCAUCCCCGGGUAUAGCUUCACCAUCGGGCCAACUCGGAGCUCAGGGCAGCCAAAACAUCCAGCCUCAGCCUCAGCCUCAGCCUCAGCCUCAGCCUCAGCCUCAGGCCCAGGCCCCUUUCGUCCACACGCAUGUACCAAAGGACCAGCCACAAUCACCCCCCGCCGGUGUGAAUGGCCAGAACAGCCAAACUCAGCCCCAUACAGGGCGAACAGUUGUACCCAACACUCAGUAUUUUUCGGGGGGAAAUCUAAACAACCAACAGCAGCAGCAGCAACAACAACAACAACGACAACAACCCCCACCACCAAUGACUCCGUCUUUACAAACAUUUCGCCCACCACCUCCCUACCCCAAUCCCUCCCUAGGGAACACAAACGCUCACAACAACCAAUCCCCUCCACACGGACACUCAGCGCAGACAUUUGUACCAACAGCUCACGUCCAACCCAUACCUGGGACGAUGAACAACGAGAACAGCCAGCCUCCAGUUCCUCCUGCAGCGAAGAGACAAACCUUCUCGCCAAUGCCCCAGACAAGCAAUACACAGAUGGCUGCUCAGCCUUCUCGGUCUUUUGACACAUUCCCAGCGACUGCCACAGCUACCGAGCAGAGCGUCCCUGGUAACCCAGGCGACCCCCAACCUUCCUUCUCCGGAGCAGCCGCCAUUCACCCCAAACAGGCACAGGCGGUCCAUCAACUGGACGUUGGCACCAUGUCUGACCAGCCCAAACUUCUGGACGAAAUCGUAAACGAAGGAGUCCCAAGAGUUACAUCGAACCCCAAAAACCGAACAGGGGUUACCUCAGACUUCCCCAGUCCUCUACAGAGCUCACCAGUUCGAUCAACCAAUCCGGGCAACUUCCAGACACAACAACAGACCGAGGCACCACGAGAAAGUUCUAUUCCCAACCCAAACUCGCGUGUGAAUCCUAUGUCCCCCGUACAACCGGCCACCACACAGGGAGAUUUCAAAGGCUUCAUCCAGAUCUACAAAGGGCCGGGCGAGUACGUCCUUAUUCCUCUGAGUCCGUCGAGCCUUUUACAGGUUCUCCAGAACGAGGCUAAGAAAGCCACAUAUCCAACACAAGUCACACAAAACGUGAAUACUCCGGUACAUCCUUCUUUUGUGACGAGCCAGCCGGGACAAACAAGUCCACCGAAUGCCCCCGCUGGCCAACAAGAACAAGCCCAGGAAGUCGGUCAAGGGGGACAACCAGGUAAAGGGCAGUGGUCUCAGCCCGAGAGUCCACAACAGGGAAUCUCCUCGCUGCCACCAAGUCCUCAGUUUCACAAUUCACAGCCAGCGGUCAGUUCUAGUGGUCAGUAUCAGCAGCCCCCAUAUAAACAAAUGUGGCAGCCCACACAGACGCAAACACGGCAGCCCACACAACAUCCCCCCGCCCCGUCAAGACAAGACCAACUCGUCACCACAGCACAAGGAAGUCACCAAACUUCACAAAACGUCCCCACACAACAUUCACAAGAACCACGAGAGAAUCAGCCAAAUUUUCCACAACUUUUUACCCAAAAUCCGCAACAGCAACUCCCAGUCCAAGCUUCCUCCCAGCACCAGCAACAAACGCCUCAACCGGGGCAACAGCAAAACGCUCAACAGCGACAUUCUGAACAAGAGUAUGUCCACCAGCCACAAAAACAAGAACAACAACAACAAUAUGAUAUCAACCCAAUGUCGCCUCAAACUGGACCAGUGUAUAAUCAGCAGACUCCGCCUCGCCAACACAGCCCUCAUCCCUCACAGGGCUCCAUGACGCCAGUCCAGCAACAACAUCAGCAGUGGAACCCAUUGCCCCCUGCCGGAGUACAACCACUGCAACAGCAGCAAAUAGGUCAAAUGUGGCCGUCAACACAGCAGCAAUCACCUCCACAACAGCAGCUCUGGCAGCUGCAGCAGCAGCAGCAGCAGCAACAACAGCAGCAGCAUCAGACAGGCGAGAACCCUCCACCCCAAGGUUCUGUCCAAGGACAAGGCAAUGCCGUAGGAUUCCAAUCCCUGCCACAGCCGUCUAUGACUCCCCAGGACCUCGUCCGCCUGACUCAGACCGUCCCCCGCUGGUCUACCACAUCAGCCGCCCACCCUCACACAGAUCCUACACGCCCACAGCCACGGGUCACACAACAGCCUCCGCAGAACCACGCCCACUCUGUGGCCGCAGCCAACAACCCGCAGUCGCUCGCCUACGUCACCCAAUGGCAGGCCUCGACGUCACACACAUAUACGCCGGCCCCUCCCUCACCGCAAAGUUUCGCCCAGUCGUUGCUUGACGAGUCCCCAAAUAAGGAAACGGCCGCUCACGACAGUUUCGCGCAACAGGUUCCUCAAGAUCGGGGUUAGACAAAAUGUAAAAUACACACGAACAACAAUUUACAAGAGACAAAUUGUGAAACUCAUUCAAAUAUAAACGUGUAUCAGACAAACAGUGAGUACACACAAACAGAAACUUUUUUUCAAACAAACCAUGAGCUCACUCAUCAAUAUAAACUUUUUUUUUUUUUUAAACAGCGAGAACACGCAGACAGAAACGUGUUCUAAAACUGUGAACUCAUUCAAAGAGCAGUUUGUAUCACAUAGACAGUGAAGUCACGCAAAUAGAAACGUGUAUCAUAUUAUAGACAAGGAGCUCACUCAAACAGAAACUAUUAUCAGACAAGAAUUUGUGACGAGGCUGUU